GCAUGGCGCGCCGCUGAGCGUUACGGCCGCCGAACCAGACAGAGUUCAGAUUACCCGGCCGCGGCAGCGCGUGAUAGCUCUCGUCUUUUCUGACCUAGCCAGUCGGCACGCCGAGGAGGAAGGCGAACCACGAACGGCCCCUGCAUCGGCGGCCAGGAACGGAACCCCCCUCUUCCAUUCUUUUUUCCUUCCGGGUGGAGCGACCGGUCGGUCCCUCGAGCGACCAACUGCAAUAGCCUACGAGAGAGUUGCGAAAGGGGGGCCUAGCGCAACGGCAAAAGACGCACCACCACCUGUGCACACGAAGUGGGGGUCAGACGUGCAAGAUCCACGGGGUGUCGGACGCGUCACAGAGGCGAGCGUCCACUAGACAGCAGCAACAGGUGUAUUCGGUGCGAGCACAGCUCAACGUCACCACGAUGUUGGCCAUGCUGUAUCCGUCAGUGUGCUUGUCACUAGUGGUGGGAUCCUGGCUGAUUGCGCCGGGCCUCUGGACGCUGGCCCAGACACUCGGUGCUCUGUGGUUGGUGUCCCUGGUUGGACGCUGGAUCACCGCCGAAAUCCACGCCUUCAUCGGAGGAAAACCCGUCGAUCCCAAAGGAAAGGCCGUCCUCAUAACAGGCUGCGACAGCGGCUUUGGCUUGGAGUUGGCUAUGCGGUUGCACGCCCGCGGAAUGCGUGUGUUCGCCGGCUGCCUCCUGCCGGACAGUCUCGGUGCCACCAAGCUCCAAGCGCUGUCCGCCACACCAGCGGAAGAAGGGAAAGGAAGCAUGCACGUGAUAGCCCCCAUGGACGUCACCAGUGACAGGCAGGUGCAAGACGCCGUGCAGCAGGUCAAGAAGAUUCUGGCCAGUGAAGACCUGUGGGCCUUGGUGGCUAACGCGGGCGUCAUCUGGGCCACUGAGCUGGAGUGGGGCUCGCUAGAACCGAUGCGUCGCAUGCUUGAGGUGAACGCAGUGGGCGUGGCAAGAACUGUGCGCGCCUUCCUUCCCAUGGUGCGCAGGGCCAAGGGAGGACGCGUUGUCAUCACAACCAGUCUAUGGGGAUACUUCUCUAUUCCCUUCUCGGUGGCCUACUCCAUGUCCAAGUGCGCGGCACGGUUCUUUGCUGAUGGCCUCCGAAGGGAGAUGAAGAAGUUUGGCGUCCGCGUUGUGUCCAUCGAGCCCAAUAUGUAUGCGACAAACCUGACAGCUGACGGCAUACUUCUGCCGGCCAUGGACAAGCUGUGGCAGGAGACGAGCGAAGAAGUGCGGCGGGACUACGGCCAGCGUUACUACGAGCUGAGCCGCCAGUAUCUACGGCGAGAACUGCUCAAAUCGCGCACCGAAAUCCACGAAGUGGUGGACGCCAUGGAGACUGCUGUAUUGGCACAGAGGCCGCGCUUCGCGUACCGCCCUGACGGCCUGCUGAGAGCAUUUCAGUUCCGCCUGCUGGAGAUCGCGCCGCCUGUCGUACAGGACGCCUUCCUCAUACGGGACACGCAGCCGCCAGCGUCCACACUGCCAGGCAACAGAGGCAUCGCUCGAGGCUGAUUUGGGCCAUAUUAUGCGUGCAACUGUCGCAUUAAUAAUUUUUUUUGUGUGCAAGCUCAGAAUGUUACAUAAUGAGACCAGGGCAUACGGUUGGCAUGUGCGCGAAAACGACCUUUCGACAAGUGUUCCUUUCAUCAACAGAGAAGCGCAAAAGGUGUCUCUAUAUUUUAAUUGCCACAAGUGGCAAUAAGUUCCUGCAAUUCAGCAUAAGUGAACUAUUAUCUUAACGAAGCUUGUGCUGCUACUGAAUCCUUGCCAUCAGCCUCUGAGGCAUCUGGCAUUUCAAUCUCUUGGACCCCUUCCACCAAUGAUUCCGAACCUUCUAGUAACAACUGUGGUCAGCAAAAAAAAAAAAAAAAGAAACCCCUAGGUAGUCUUUCAGUAGGUAAGUUACAAACUAUGGGUAUCCUUGCCCCCCCCAUUAAAUACGCAUUCGAGAAUCGUUAUUGCCGGUCUUGUGCAUGGAAUGGGCCAGUGCAUCAACGUCGUAAGACGAUUGAGAGCCUCAUGUUUAACAAGUUAUCCUGUUGAAUAUUUUGCAUUAUAAAACAGCCUCUGUCAAAUUGUGUUGAUGCAUCUUGUGGAAUAGAAGUUCCUGGUAUGUGAAAGAAAAAGAGAGUUAUAUGACUCGAUCCUCGCCUCACGCAACAUUGUAAGUGUUAUGUUAAAUUGAAGUUAUCUGGAUCGUAGAAUAAAGUAAUGCCUUUCACAACAGCAAAUAAUAAGGGUCGUUUAAGAAUGAACCUUGUGUAUAAUUUCUGUAUUCUACACAUCCAAUAUUAGCUCAAUGUCAGCUAACGCAUGCAGUGAAUUUGCAGGCGACACUGUGGAUGGCGGGUUAUGUCGAGGCGGACAGGGUAAGCUAUUGGGGUUUAAUGCGGGUUAUGGUGUUUUUGGUGUGUACAAUGUCAUAAUGCAGAGAGUAAUGGUACUAAGCAUGAGGUGCUGUCAGUUGUUUGUACUAUAGGAUUCACAGUGCAACCUCACAGGGCUUUCAUUUAACAUUGUUUAAUACAUCUCAUCAACUUAACACUGCAUAUCUCAUUGAACUGCAACUAAUGUAAAGAGGACCACAUGGUAGCACUGACAUUCACAACUACAUUUUACCUCGUGAAAUUCAGCUGUGAAGAUAUUUUUUGGUAUGCUCUAUUCAAUGAAUGAGGAAUGUCACUGUUCUUCACCAGUAUUACUUGUACAGCUUUGUGCCACUGUUGCUUGUUAUAUAAAUCGCUCUGUUUCUUUCAGUCAAAAUUUGGCGUCUGAAUGAAGCAGGCGUAACUGUUUCUAGCUAGAAUUUCAGUGCUUCAAACCUGGUGCUUCUUUAUUAUACAUUGAACAAUAGCUGGGGAGAGGAUGAGUAAUUACUACACUAUUGACUGAUUGCUUUUCUCCAUACCUCGAAUAACCUGUAUCGACAAAGUGUAAAUAUACAUAAAAAACACAUGCUGAUUUGAUUAUAUUAUAAAGAAUGUUUAUGAGAAGAUACAGCUCGAGGACACUAAACAUGGUUGGUACUACUUUUGUAGCUGAUUUCUCUUUUUUUGUAGGCUGAUUUACUCCAGUGAUCGGCUGUGUCUUUUCUACAACUCGACAACCAGUACCGUGCAAAGCUUCGCUGAAGAGCAGCAUUGCAUUAGGUCUCCUUUUAUUACUGUAAUAUGUGCCUUAUAUUUUUCUGGAUCAGACCAAGGAAUUGGGAAUACGAUAAUAAACACUUCCGUAAAUCUUCCUGUA